GUAAGAAGUACGGUCCACUCUUCACCCUAUGGAGAGGAAUGGACCCUGUUGUGGUUCUCUGUGGCUAUGAGGUCAUCAAAGACGCAUUGCUAAAACAUGCCGAGGAGUUCAGUGGGCGUCCAUACAGUGCGGUAAUUGAACACUACAGCGGUGGACACGGUUUCAACAGCAGUCAAGAGAGGUGGCGCCAACUGCGCAGGUUCACAAUGUACUCAUUCCGGAAUUUUGGGUGGAAUAAGAUGGACAUGGAGAAACAGUAUUUACAGGAGUCCCAGAGGCUCGUCCAAGCUGUGUCACAAACUGGAGGAAAGCCCAUCAACCUCAAUCAUCAUCUGGCUACCGCCAUAGGAAAUAUAAUCAGCUACGGAAUGUUGGGGGAAUACUUUGAUGUCGAUGACCCAAAGUUAAAGGAAAUUAUUGUAACUACAAGACAGUUUGUGGUGAAUUUUCAUUCCACCAUGUACGAGAUCGCAGACACAUACCCAAUUCUCACCAGAAUGCCGAUUAUUAAGCAGAAAAUCUUCAAAGAGAGCUCGCAUGUAAAAUCCUUGAUCCAAAAAUACAUCGAUCAACACAAGAAGACGCUAAACCCUGCCGCACCCAGAGACUUCAUCGACCAGUUCUUAAUGAAGAUAAAAGAGGAGGAACACAUGCCGGGGAGCCAUUUCUGUGAUAAGAGCCUUCUGAUGACGGUGGUUGACAUGUUUGCAGCUGGUCUUGACUCCACAAGUUUUUCCUUGAGUUUCUCUCUGGUUCUCAUCAGCAAUUACCCAGAAGAACAAAGGAAAGUCCAGCAGGAGAUUGAUGAGGUGACGGAGUCGCAGCGCCCACCUGGGAUCAUGGACCGGGCACAGAUGCCGUACACUAACGCCGUGGUGCAUGAGAUACAGAGGCUCUUAGACCUGGCGCCUGUGGCUCAUUACCACGCGAUGACCAAGGACACUCAGUUCCGAGGAUACACUCUCCCUAAGGGAACAACAGUGUCCCCAUUCAUUUCAUCAGUGCUAUCUGACCCCACCCAGUGGGAGACCCCCAAUGAGUUCAACCCGGGGCACUUUCUCGAUGACAAGGGGCAGUUCUGGACAAGACCAGCAUUUAUGGCAUUUUCAGCAGGGAAACGUAUCUGUGCUGGAGAGGUCCAGGCUCGCUUGUCACUAUUCAAAUUUUUUUCUGCUCUGCUCCAGAAAUUCACCCUCUCCCCUCCCCCCGGCACUGAGCGCCUGGACUGUAAAACCCUGAAAGAAAACAGUAUUAAAAUUGUGCCUUUCUACCAGCUCUGUGCUACACCUCGCUCCCUGUCAUCCUAGGGACUGUCCUCUACCCAAAGAGUGACCCCUCUAUGGACACCAAGCAUGUGAUGAUUAAUACUUAUUAUAAUGUACACCAAAGAAUUAAUUAAAUCAAGUUUAAUUA